AUGGCAUCGGCAGCGUUUAACGGGAGCGCCAUAGAUUCCACUGCUGCUCGCUGCAAACUAUUCAUCAGUUCAUUGGUCACGACAAUUGUUGCGGUGAUAAGAAACCCAACUCAUCCCCCGCCUAGCCAGAUUGAGUGCCCAAACUGCAAAUACCACAUUGAUCUCUUAUCACAGUGGCCAGGACUCCCCGCUGGUGUUAAAUUUGAUCCAACCGGUCUCGAACUGCUUGAACAUUUAGAAGGAAAGGUUGGCAGGGCACCGUCCCAUAACCUAAUAGAUGAUUUUAUUCCAACCAUAGAGGAGGCUGAAGGAAUCUGCUAUACACAUCCUGAAAAUCUCCCUGGUACCAAGAUGGAUGGGAGAAAGAGUCAUUUCUUCCAUAAAAUAUCAAAUGCAUACGAUGUUGGCCAGCGCAAGCGUCGCAAGAUUAGCAACAGUGACCAUGUUGUUCGUGAUGUGCAUUUCAGAUGGCAGAAAACUGGAAAAUCCAAAGAAAUCUCAGAUAAGAACGGUGUCAUAAAAGGGUGGAAGAAAAUAUUGGUUCUUAUGAUGCGUUCUAGGAAAGACGGUAUCACCUCGCGUACAAAAACUAAUUGGACGAUGCAUCAGUAUCACCUUGGGGUAGAUCAAGAUGAAAAGCACGGGGAGCCUGUUGUUUCCAAAGUCUUUUAUCAGUCAAAGAAAGAUGAGCAGCCUGUAAUGUGCCCUGUUAAUGAAGAAUCUGAUCCAUUUGCUGGGGAAAUCGAUACUACAACCCCAAUGACAUACCCUCCGCUUCCUCGUCCCCCAAACAGUAGCCCAUCCAGAACCGAGCAGAAUCAGGAAGAGCACGCAGCGCUAUCUGGCCCGGAUGAACGCCCGUCACGCGGUGCAACCCCGGACUCCGUGUACCCUGAGAUGCAACUUUUUCCUCUUGGCCUGGACGCUCUUCAGGGGUUGCCCGACCCCAGAAUGACUCCGGGUUUCUCCCAUAUGGCCUCUUGGUUUGCUGGAACCUCAUCGUAUUCGAAUGCCCUGGAGAAUGCGCCACUGUCUGGCCUAGAUGAAUGCUUGCCACACGGCGGAACCCUGGACGCCGCCUACCCUGACCCUGAGGGGCAGGCCCUGCCUCUUGACGCGGAGGCACUUCAGGGGUUCCCCGACCUCGGAAUGCCUCCGAAUAUCUUCCCCAGGACUUGCAGUUCAGGUCACAGGACAUCUUCUGGGGGGAGGGGUUUUGAUGCAGCGGCCCAACGAGAAGAGGCUGGUUUUUCUCGUGAUGUAGCAUGUUUUGUACUGUAUAUCUGUGCAUGA